AUGCUUGCGGUUACUAAGAAAACUAUAAAUUUCUUUUCUUGGGGAAGAAAUUUGGUUCCAUUAGAAAAACGUAAUAUUUAUGUUGCAUAUGGAAUAGCCUUAGUUGGUGUUACCCUAGAUAAUAUGAACAGUGCAGCUAUAAUCAUCUUGCAACAAGACCUAGAAAAAAAAUUCAAUACAAACUCCUCGGUUGCUUCAUGGGUCUUAUCAUCCUAUGCUUUAACUCUUGGUUCUUUCAUAAUGGUAACUGGAAAAAUUGCCGAUAUAAUUGGACCCGAUACUGUCUAUUUGGUUGGAUUGGGAAUCAUUUGGAUUACCUCUCUGAUCUGUGCCUUGCUCCCACAUUCAUCAAUAAUUCCAUUGAUUGUUUUCAGGGCUAUUCAGGGUAUAGGAGCCUCUUCACUUCUACCCUCUGUUUUGUCUUUAAUGGCUAACUAUUUUACAGGUCCUAAGCUCAAGCAUUUGCAGACAGCUAUUUCUGCCUUAUUUGUCGCAUUGACAUCAAUUUUUAGUAUUGGAUUGAUUCUGGGCGGUGUCUUUUCACUUACUAGUUUGGGAUAUAGGGCCUAUUUCUGGUUCACCUUUUCAUUGGCAUUGUUUUGCGAUAUUUCCUUAUUCUUUUUGAUUAUUCCAGUGAGAAAAACCAAGGCACAUAACUCUUUGAAUAUAAAAAACUUCAAUUACAUUUCAGCAAGUUUGGUUGUUGUUGGUGUCCUUCUGAUUAUUCUUGGUUUAACGGAAGGCGCCGAAGGUUGGAGGCAUGCAAAAGCAAUUUUGCCUUUGAUAGUUGGGCUUUUUACCAUAGUCUUUGCUCUGUUUUUUGAUGGUUUUUAUUUGAAGCGGUAUCAGGAAAAACACUCUAACAAAGAAAAAUCAUCAGAUUGGAGACUACAAAUUGACCUGUUGUUUCCACCAGAACUCAUUAAAAUCCCUAAUGUUGCUAUUUUCUUAAUCUGUUGCAGUCUUUAUUACGCAGUGAUGCUUAUGGUCAUGGUUACUGCUGUUAUGUUUUAUCAAGACAUUGAGCACAACUCAUCAAUUAUAACUGCAUUGAAGGUCUCACCCUUAGGUUUUGGUUUAGCAUUUGGUGCAGCUAUUUACAGGCCAUGGAUGUACGAGAAGUUUAAGGGAAAUAAAUUAUUUGUCUACUCCGGUGCUCUAACAUUGGGUGGCUUGAUUUGGUUCUCUCGGAUCCAUUACGGCACUUCGAACUCAUUUUGGAAGUAUGGUUUCAUAUCCCUUUUUAUGUGGGGUUAUGGUUGUAACAUGUUUUUCAAUAUUUAUAUGAAAAUUGUUGUUGACUUUACACCUCUCCAUCUACAGGGGGUAGUAAAUGGAAUUUUUCAGACUGUCUCACAAGUCUUCUUGAGUAUUGGCAAUGCACUUGUACCUUCAAUUAUUGGGGAUGUUGUUGUUGCAUAUUCAUCGGAGGAAAAAAAUCAUUUGCAGAGCAGAUUAAAAAUAAUAUUGUAUGUGGCAAUGGCAUUCAAUGCUUUGAUUUUGGUUCUAUGCUGCUUUGUUAAAACUGUUAGACAGGUUGAUCGGGAAGCAAUAGAGAAAAACAUUGAUCAGGAAACAAUCAAAUCUUCUACUGAUGAAGAAAAAGGAUCAGAGCAAGAGAUUGGAAGUUCCAGCAGCGAGAGUUCUCUUUCAUGUGAAAAGGACUACUGUGAAUCCAAAUAA